CGACGCCCGAGGCUUGGUGAUCAUCACGUUCUGGUACAUACACAGCUGGUGCUCAUCCCGAAAUUGUAGCACAAAUAGACCUGUUGAACGGCACAUCAUCGCGCGAUAUCGUCGUGCGCGCGCAAAACACCACUAUGGACGUGGAGCUAUAUGUGUACGACCUUUCGCAAGGUCUGGCAAAAAGCAUGUCGCAGUCGUUUCUUGGAAUACAAAUCGACGCCAUAUACCAUACAUCCAUCGUCUUUGGCGGCAUAGAAUACUACUUUGGGCACGGGAUACAGACGUGUAGAGCAGGAGCGACGCACCAUGGCCAGCCCAUUGAAACCAUAAAGCUCGGACAAACUGCGCUUCCCAUGGAGGUUAUACUCGAGUACCUAGAGUCUUUGAGGGCGGUUUACACACCCGAGUCAUACGAUCUUUUUGCGCAUAAUUGUAACAACUUCUCAAACGACUUCGCCAUGUUUCUGGUUGGCGAAGGAAUACCAGAUCACAUCACCUCCCUUCCGCAGACGGUUCUCAAUACACCGUUUGGCCAAAUGCUGAAACCGCAGAUUGAUGCCGCUAUGCGACCCAUCGUGCAGGCACCUACACCUCAGGCAGGCCAAGUAUACCCCACGAGUGCUGGUACAUCAAACGGCACAGCAGGUCCUUCUCGUGGCACCAAGACUGAGCUGGAAAUGAGUACGGGCGUGGUAAACAACAUUACUUCGCUACAGGAUCUAAAUCGCUUGCUGGGCCUUGCGAAAGACCGCUGCGCAAUCAUCUUCUUCACAAGCUCCACAUGCGCUCCUUGCAAGCUUGUGUACCAGCCGUUCGACGAUCUAGCCGCUGAAGCAGGGACAAAAUGUGUGUUCAUCAAGAUUGAUUUCAGCCACGCUGAUCGCUCAAUCAAUACGCGCUAUCCCAAUGUACGCGCAACCCCGACAUUCAUCACAUAUGUGAGAGGAGAACAACGAGACGAGUGGAGCGGAGCCGACCCAAGACAGCUGCGUAAUAACGUGGAGAUGCUGCUUAAUGCGACAUUCCCACCGCAUCCGCAUCUCGACAAGAGCACACCUUGGUUGAUGCGACAGAGCCAAAGGCCUGUUAGGUUCACAAAGGUCCCGCCAUUGGAAAAGGUGGUUGCAAAGAUGGGAGAUGCCGGAAACGAUCCUUCGGUGACAGCUAUCGUCAACUACAUCCAAGUUCGCGAAAAGUCGGGGGCUAUCGAGGCACCGUUGACUGAACUCCCAAAGUUCGCCGAGUUCUUGAGGAAAAGUACUUACUCUCUCCCAGCCGAGCUCCUGUUCACCGCUUUGGAUUUGCUCAGGAUAGCUAUCACCGACGCCCGUGUUGCUGGAUUUUUUGCAGAGGAACACAAAGGCGCAAUGGGCACGCCAGCGACGGUGUUCCAUCUGCUCGACCACGUCGACAAACUCGGUGAGGGCGCGCCGUACCCACUCCGACUCACAACCUUGCACCUAGCAUGUAACCUCUUCAGCGCACCGCUGUUCAUACCUCACAUUCUCUCUCCUCCACUCUCUUCGACUCUGAUUUCCAUCCUAACCACUGCCCUUCUCGACGAGAAGCACUCAGCACUUAAAGCCUCGGCACUCACCCUGGCCAUGAACAUCACCUCUUCCAACCACCAAAUAAGGAUGAAGCAGUACAGCGCCAACCCCUCGCACUCUCUUCCAUCAGCAUCUGAACUUCCAGAUUCGGAGCAGGUAGAGCUUCUCGCCUCGCUACUGGAGAACAUUAGUACCGAGGAGCAAUGGAGUGACAACAAAAAGAUGGGCGUGAUCAGUGUUGGUUGGCUGGUAUACUGCGCUGAUAUGAGUGGCGAGGUGAGGGACUUGUGGCGGGUCAUGGAUGCAGCUGGUACUUUGGGUAAUGUUGACGCAAAGAUGGCGGAAGACCGGAUGCUUGUGAAGGAAGUCAAGAGCUUGUUAGAAGUAUAGAGCC